CCACCUUUCUUCAUUUCAUUUCCUCAUUCCGGCCAUUAAUGUCUCUCUCACCUUUCUCCCCUACCUAUUUGAGCUACCCAAUCUUCUUCAUUUCACAUUAAAAAAAAAAAAACAAACAAGAAAAGGAAUCGUUGUAACAGCAGAGCAGUACUAGGUUUAAUAUCCUCGUUCUCGAUCGAAAGUUAGACAUGAAUCUUUCUGUGAAUGGUCAGUCCCAGGUUCCUCCCGGAUUCCGGUUCCACCCCACGGAGGAAGAGCUCCUCCACUACUACCUCAGGAAGAAGGUCACCUCCGAGAAGAUUGACCUCGACGUCAUUCGCGACGUCGAUCUCAACAAGCUUGAGCCCUGGGAUAUUCAAGAGAAGUGUAAGAUAGGAUCGGGGCCGCAGAACGACUGGUACUUUUUCAGCCACAAGGACAAGAAGUAUCCGACAGGAACCCGGACAAACCGGGCGACGGCGGCCGGAUUCUGGAAGGCCACCGGGCGGGAUAAGGUGAUAUACAGCAACUGCAAGAGAAUCGGUAUGAGAAAAACCUUAGUAUUCUACAAAGGUCGAGCCCCUCACGGACAAAAAUCUGAUUGGAUCAUGCAUGAGUACAGGUUGGACGACAAUUCCCCUGAACCCACCCAGGGCACAAGUUUGGUCGGAGAAUUGAACAGUGCACCGGAAGAGGGUUGGGUGGUCUGCCGGGUUUUCAAGAAGAAAAACUAUCACAAGGCUCUUGAGAGUCCCCAUACCGUUGUUCAAACCCAUCCUGGAAACGACGGCGUUCUGGAUCAAAUCCUUACUUACAUGGGAAGGUCAUCUUCGUCAUCCAAGCAACAAAACGGAGCCAAAAACGGCAAUCUUAUAAUCAACGGCGACGAUACCCCCAUGCAAUUCUCCCAUGCAAUCCAGGCCGCCCGAUUCCUCCACCUUCCCCCCCUGGAAACCCAAUCCGCCAUGGAAAUCCUCUCUUCUCCCACCCACGCCUCCUUCGAAGACAUGCUGGCCGAACCCGAACCGUCCUGCAACAACACUGAACCGGUCGACGAUAUGAAAACCGGACCCGGUCCAGCCGACUGGGUUGCUCUGGACCGCCUCGUCGCCUCUCAGCUCAACGGCCAGAUCGAAACCUCCAAAAGCUACGUGGCCGAAGAUCUCAGCGACGGCCUGUAUUUCCCCAUCGUCGAUCACCACCGUCCGUUUGGUAGACCAAAUAAUCAUCACCACAACUCUCAGGUCAACGCCGGCAACGAGGUUGAAUUCUGGAGCUACACCAACUCCUCAUCAUCACCGUCCGAUCCCUUGUCCCACUUGUCGGUAUAGCUAUACUAGCUACGUAAGACGUUCAAAAAAAUAUCCUAGUAUUAUUAUUAUUACCAAAACAAUGAAUAAUAAUAAUAAAAACAAAAAAAAAAUACGUAGCUUUAGUAGUCAAAUAACAUAUGAUUACGAGUAUCAUAGGAAUCAUACUUUACAAAUAAAUUGAAAAUCUUUGUUUAAUUAGGAGGCAAUCUUAUCAUCA